UUAUAUAAAAAAUGGCAGGUAAAAAAUUUAAAAAAUAUUUUAUAAUAAAUUAGUUUCAGUUAUCAAAAAAUUUUGAGAUUAGGACAAAUUCAAAAAGUUGAAAAAAUAUCAAAAACCGGGUUUCGCCUUUUUGCAUUUUUUUUUUUUUGCAUUUAGACACACAAAUGCUGGUUUAUGCACAAAUACUAAUUAAAAGAGUUCAAAGUAGCUUUUUGGUGCAUGCAAGCGUGUGUAUGUACAUACAUGUGAACAUAUAUCAAUAUUUAAAAAAUAUUGGUUUUCUGCGGCUGAAUCGGUCAGUCUAGCGAAGCUUAUCGCUCGGAGCACACGUAAAUCUUUAUUGCCACUCCAACUGAUUGGAUUAAAGAAGAAAAAAGUUAGAAACAUACUGAGAUAUUAUUUAAGUCUACAUGUGUGUGUGUGUGAGUAAAUACAAAAGUAAACGUGUAAAAACGGUAAUUAAACAGUAAACAAAUUCAAUUUGAAUUGGAGAGAAAAGUAUUUAAAGGAAAAAAAAAAGAAAAAGGAAAACAAAUACAAACUUAUUAACGAAGUUAAAAAAAAAAUAAAAUAAAAUAAAUAAAUGUAAUAAAAAUAAUUAAAAUUAAAUUUAGAUUAUAAAAUAAAAACUACAUAUAUAAAUAAAAAAAAAAUUAAAAUAAAUAUAACUAUAAUUAAAAUAAUAAAAUUUAUUUAUUGAAAACAAAAAACAUAAACUAUAUAUGUAGUUUUAAAAUAAAAUUAAAAUAAAUAUAACUAUAAAUAUUUAAACUAAAAAAUAAAUAUAAAAAAAAACUUUUUAAAUGAUAAAAUAUUAAUUCAAUAAAAAUAAUAUUUAAAUUUAUGUAUAUACAAUAAAAAAUUACAUCCAUAAGUAACUUAAAACAUGUCCUUGGUGCUAAUUAUAUUUUUAACCUGUGCGGCAUGUUAUUUUAUACAUGCUAAGUGGACGGUUUUUACUGUCGGUAGACGCAUACGCGGACCAUGGGCCCUACCGUUGGUCGGUAAUGUGCAAAUGAUCAGUAAAUUGAAGCCAGAAUCUUUCUAAAUUUACUCGCACAGCUUUAUUUAAAAGCGUCGCUGAGUUUCGUGUUAAAUACGGUGAAACCUAUCGUUUAUGGCUCGGGCCUGAGUUGUGGGUCUUUUUGCAUAGUCCAGCGGAAACGCGUGAAGCUUUGAAUGAACCGACACUAACGAGACCGGUGGCAUUCCAACAACUAAGCAUAUUGAUAGGUAAUGGGUUGCUGAUAAGUCAUGGCAAACAGUGGGAAACACAUCGACGCGCACUAAGCCCCGCUUUUAAUGCAAAUAUACUAAACACUUUCGCGCCCGUGAUAGCUCAGCAUGGUGAGGAACUAGUGCGAAAACUGCUUGCCACUGAGGGCAGCUCAGUCGAAGUAAGCCAUUAUCUCUUCGCUUGUGUGCUGGAUGCGAUUGUAGAAACCUCUAUGGGCAAACAGUUGAACUCACUCACUGAUCCACAUAAUCGCUAUGCGCACGCCUUUCACAAAACCAGUGAAUUGCUCUUCAAACGCAUGACGAACCCACUAUUGGCGCUGGAUUUCAUAUUUCAACGCACAAAUAUGUAUCGCGAGCUGAGCGCCUCUGUCGCAGUGAUACAUCAGCUGAUGGGGAUUGUGAUUGAUGAGCGUGUCGAGGCGCUUAAACAGCAGGAGUCGCUGGUUUCUGGCACUUCUACAGCACCACCGGCGGAAGGCAUACGCAAGCAGCGUCGUACGUUAUUGGACACACUGUUAACCACACAAAUAGCUGGGGAAGCGUUGACACGCAACGAAAUUUGCAAUGAAGUGAAUACGUUUGUGUUUGCGGGUGUUGACACCACCACAGCAGCCAUGUGUUUUGUGCUCUACAGUUUAGGUAAGUAUCUGGCGGUACAACAUAAAUUGGUGACAGAAAUUGAAGAGCAGGCGUUCGUUGGUGCUGCACUCACAGUUGACAUACUCAAUCGUUUGACAUAUUUGGAUCUUUUCAUCAAAGAAGUAUUACGUUACUAUACUGUAGUGCCACUCACGGGACGACAAACCACCGGCGAUACGGUGAUCGGUGGUCGGCGUUACUGUGCUGGCAUAACACUUUGGAUUGAUCUGUAUGGACUUGCACAUGAUGCGCAAUAUUUCGAUAAGCCGGAGGAGUUUCAGCCGUUGCGUUUUGCGCAAACACAGAAAAAGCAGUUGCCGCCAAAUGUCUAUAUGCCGUUCUCGGGUGGACCACACAUUUGUAUAGGUCGUAAUUAUGCAUUACUAAUUAUGAAAAUGUUAACGGUGCAGAUUUUACGCAAUUUUGAAGUUAAAUUGCGUGAUCCACAUGAAGAGUUAGUGUUGCAGUCCCAAAUGGUGCUGAAGUCUCUGCACGGUUUCAAUUUAAUAUUCAGGCAAAGAGUAAAAAUUACUGAGUAGACGAUGUGAAGGUUAAAAUAUUGUUAAUUUUUAAUUAGAGUUUGAAUAAAGUGUAUGACUACGUAGCUAUUAGUUAGAGUUUGAAUAAAGCUCACGACGGCACAGCGUAAGCAUAAAUAAUGU